AUGAGUACCAGCGACAUGAACCCAAGUCAGUUGUUCAACUUCGAUGCUUACUAUCAGCCACCAGAAGACACUUUAUCCAAUCAAGCAAGUCCCUUAGAAGAAUAUCCUACCAUCCCAGAAGAAGCACCCGGCUACGACGAAGAAGACCAACUGCUCCUUAUUGUCCCCCCGGUUGCCGUCAACAAAGACCAAACACCAGAAACCCAGCUCACGAUUAAGUCUAAGAAGGGGAAAAUCGGGAAAAAGGGAAAGAAAACCUUUGCACUUCCACUGGACCGUCCCUCAUUUACGAAUUUCAUUGAUCAUGAUACGACCAUUGAUGAAGAAGGGUACCCAAAACUUCCCAAUGGCCAGACGGUCUUUGUCAGGCAACCUGGCCAGAAGUUUGCGAAUUGGAACACAUUCACAUUCACUUACACCACCUCCUGUCCCCCGAAAACCGCACGACAUCCUGAGUGGCGAACGGUCAGGUACCACUGUCUUGGUGUGGUUCUUUGUGGCAAUCUCGAGUGCAAGCACCGGGGCUCGCCACCGACUGCUGCAGUGAAGCUGGGAGAGUUGCAAAAAAAUCCCGGGAUAUGCCCGGCCGCCAUGUGCAACACGACCUCUCAACAUAUUCCUUGCAAAGACACCAUAUGCAGAGUGGACGAACAUCUUCCGACUGGCUGGGCCAUUGUGCGCCAUUCUGGAGUGCAUAAUCACCCAUGGCCACGUCGCAACAAGCCUGACAAAUAUUCUUUAGGCAAGUUUGCCGAAAGGGUAACAAACAACCCUGAAAUGGGUCCGUUGCAACACAAGCACGUUCCCGGAGCAGGCGAUAGUUUUCCUCUGGACAUGAUCCACUGGGCCAAUAUGGGCUUGAGGAUGAUUUCGUGCUCCUACAUGAAGCACAAGAUCCAUAAGACUGUCCAAACCCAAUGGAUGGCGGCCCAGCUUCUGGCUCGGGAGAAUGACGGCGGUGUUUAUUGUGGAGGACUUUUAUCAGACGUUACUUACAAGUUCUUUGCAAACGGAUAUCUCAUGUCCACAUUGAUGUAUCACGGCACAUUGAAUAGAUGGAUCCCAAUACAACUCACCUGGCUAUAUGGACUCUCAGAAGACCAUUACUACGCGCACUUCAAGACGUUAAUGAAGCAGUUCAAGAGAGCUCAACUCCUCCCAGCGGAACGAGAUAUUCUGGUUCGACAAGUCGUUGAUUUCUCUGCUGCCCAGAAAAACGGCUUCAUCCGAGCGUAUAUGAAAGUUUUUGAUGUCACCGAUCGCAAGGAAGCACUUGACAAGCUCUGUGGCUGUCAGGAACACUUCAGAGCCCAGGUGAUGAGGGUUGCAAAAAACCGAAACGUAGUUCCUAGUCAUCUGAAGCUCUUAGUUAAGGAUCAGCCGGGUCAGAAGACCUAUGAAGAAAACGCCCAAGAAUUACGACGCCUAUUUCCCGGCGCAAAACGAUGGUUUGACUGGUGGCAAGCUUCCGACAUCGAGGCCAUGCUAUUCCGAUCGCGACAAAAACAGAUUGACGAUGAUGGAUUUAGUAAACCGGAUAUUCCCAGUUCAAUUGUCAACGUGGAAGUGAACUAA